CUCAAACUCCACUGCGUUCACAUAUGAUGGCUAACGGAAACAUUUCAGAGUUUUACGCUGAUAUCUGCGCAGAACAGGAGAUAAAAAUAAAUCCACACGUUUUGAAAGUUUUGAAGGAGUCCAAGGCAACAGACAGCUUCACCUUAAAACUGCCAGGAAACAACCGGCUGAGACGCGUUCAGCGGCUUGAUGACCGAGACGCUCUGGCUCUCUCUAAAUGCCUCAGAAACAACCAGAGUGUGACAGGCCUGGACGUCAGGUACAAUAACAUCACAGGUGAAGGGGUCAGACACCUCGUCGACCUCCUACAGCAGGACAGCUCUGCUCUAAAGUCUCUCAACUUGAUGUUUAACGACAUUCAGACAGACGGAGCUGAAGCUCUCGCCAAGAGCCUGCAGUGUAACAGCACCUUGCUCCGCCUCACUCUGUCGGGUAAUAAGAUCCAGAACAGAGGAGCCAUGCACCUGGCCAGCAUGCUGCAGCUGAACUGCACCCUGCAGGAGCUGGAGCUGGCCCACUGUGACCUGGCCACUCAGAGUGUGAUCGCCUUUGCCAUCGUGUUGAAAAGCAACAGAACUCUCCUCAGAGUGGAUCUCAGCCGGCCGCUGCUCUUCAGCUACCAGGAGGAGUGGGCGGUGCACGUCUCUGAGAUGCUGGCGGUGAACAGCAGCCUGGUGGAGCUCCACCUGGGGACGAUGGGGAUGAGUGACGGAGGGAUGGAGCGUCUGGCCGACGGCCUGCAGCUCAACCACAGCCUGAGAUACCUGGACCUGCACGGGAACCGUGUGACUCGUGACGGCGUGCGUCACCUCGCCGAGCUGCUGAAGAAGAACCCGAGCCUGGAGGUCAUAGAUCUGUCGGCCAAUCGGAUCGAAGAUGAAGGCGCUGUGUACCUGAGCGAGGCGGUCAGCUGGCCGCGCUGCAGCCUCAGAGAGCUGUCUGUCUGCAGGAACAACAUCAGGACGGAGGGUCUGCUGUCUCUGGCUCACGCUAUGACAGAAAACACAACUCUGACUCACAUCUACAUCUGGGGGAACCAGCUGGAGGAGCCGGUGUGUCAGGCCUUCAGGGAUCUGAUGUCCAGCGGCCGGCUGCCUGCUGAGCAGACGGACGUCAGCGCGUACGAGGUGGACGGUCACGUGUUCCUCGCUGAGGUCUUCCACAGUUUAAGGAGACACUAUAACAAGACAAACAGCUCCAACACGGGGACAAACCAGGCCGCCAGCCCCGAAUCCAGCUUCACACCACACAGUCAGCUGGUCGCCCUGCAGGCCUGCUGAAGCUCUCAUUACAUCACAUACAACUGAAUCCUUCAGACUAAGAAAAAGACGAUUCAUAUGCACACAAGUCAAAAUAACAAUGUAAAUAUGCAAGAAAAACUCUCAAACUUAAGCUUUCGAAUAAGCUUUCUGAACAACAACCUGUUGUCUGUGAGGUUUUUUAUUUAAAGGUGCAUCCAAACUUUACAUCCUUACAU